CUGAGUGUAAUAAGAGCCCGCCAGACCCUGGGCGAGAUAUCUGGGAAUAAUCUCACUCGAAAAACAACACGGAAGGGCUGUUUAGACUGUAAUGUACCAUUAUGUAUUGAUAGAGAUUGCCGGUACCUCUGGCAUACGUAG